AUGGGUAUUUCAGAUGGGUUAGCAAAGAAGGCUCGUGAAAUGGGCCAAUCUGUUGUGGUUUUAGUGUUGGUACCACUGGUGCCAGUGGUGUUGUUCGCGCCACUGGCAGCUUAUGGUAAUGAGGAUGCAAAACGACUGUAUGAUGAUUUGCUGGUCAAUUAUAAUAAACAUCGGCGACCCACUCCUGGACCAAAUAUUCCGGUAACGAUCAAGCUGAAGCUACGACUUUCACAAAUUAUCGAUGUGGUCUGGAUCGACAACAAAUUAUCAUGGGAUCCGAGAAGUUACGGAGGAGUGAGCGUGCUUUAUGUCCCCUACGAAAUGAUAUGGGUUCCCGAUAUUGUCCUAUACAACAAGAGUGCGGAUUCGGAAUCACGUUAUGGCUCAAACUGGGAAUAUUUUAUCUUGAAAAUUAUUGACCUCAUACAGUAUUUUUUUGAUUAG